AUGAAGGAAACCAAUUCAAGUCAGGAAGAUUUAUUUUUUAUUCCUCCCAGUGUGAAUUCGGCUCGUCUCCUCUCAGGUGAAUCCUACGCCUAUUAUACUCCUUGUCCGGCAGCUAUCACAACCCAUACAUCAGCAGAAAACACACCAUGUGUACUUGGUGUAGACGAGGCUGGUCGUGGUCCUGUUCUCGGCCCAAUGGUCUAUGGUGCUUUCUACUUGCCAAUCGAUCUGCACCACUCCCUUCUGGCCCAAAACCACAGUUUCGACGACAGUAAAGUUCUCACACCCGGCGUGCGCGCCAACCUAAUGCGAGUACUCAACACCCCGGGCACCGAUCUAUUCGAAUCAUGUGGCUAUGCGAUCAAAGUGUUGUCGGCCCGUGACAUAUCCUCGGGCAUGUUGAAGCCAAGUUCCGCCGUCUACAAUCUGAACGCACAAGCGAUGGACGCUACAAUUGAGAUCAUUCGAGGGGUAGUGCAGGAUCGCUCGGUCAACGUACAAGAAGUAUACAUCGAUACCAUUGGAAAUCCAGCGACAUACCAGCAGAAGCUGGAACGGAUUUUCCCAUCUUUGAAGAUCACUGUGGCCAAGAAAGCGGACUCCUUGUACCCAUGUGUAAGUGCGGCCAGUGUGGCCGCGAAAGUGACACGUGAUGUCGCGCUUGAGGUGCUAUACCAGGCUGUGCUGAGUGCCCAGCAGUCUGGCGAUAGUGCGUCGGAUGCCCCAGAGGGAUGGGGCAGUGGCUAUCCCUCCGAUUCGAAGUGUGUCGGCUGGCUCCGACGAAACAUGGACCCUGUCUUCGGCUGGGGUAACGAGUGUCGAUUCAGCUGGGGUACAGCUAAAGAAAUGCUGGAUGUGAAGGGUGGAGCACGAGUGGACUGGCCCGAGGAAGACGAGGAAGGAAAUGGCCGACUCGAGUUCCUGUUGACGUCUGGACCCACAAAGAGCUCUGGCCAAGAUGGGCUACGGGAUUGGUAUGGGAGCAGACAAGCAGAAAUCAUAUGA